CCCGCCUUACGUCUCGAAGGGGAAAAGUCUCUCUGGUUCUUCUUGGUCUUUGGCACUAUCAUCGUUUCCGUUCACUGUGAGAGAGAUUUGAGAACGUUUCUGUAGCUUCGCAGGAGGAAGAAGAAGGAAGGAAGGAAGGAUGUUCGCAAGGGCACCGAAGAAGAGCGACAACACCAAGUACUAUGAGGUCCUGGGGGUGCCCAAGAACGCCUCUCAGGAGGAUCUGAAGAAGGCCUACAGGAAGGCGGCCAUCAAGAACCACCCUGAUAAGGGUGGCGAUCCGGAGAAGUUUAAGGAGCUAGCUCAGGCUUAUGAGGUGCUCAGUGAUCCGGAGAAGCGAGACAUCUACGACACCUACGGUGAAGAUGCGCUCAAGGAAGGAAUGGGCGGUGGAGGUGGCGAUCCCUUCGACCUCUUCCAAUCUUUCUUUGGUGGGAGUCCCUUCGGAGGUAUGAAAGCAGGCGGUAGCAGCAGGGGAAGGAGGCAGAGAAGAGGGGAGGACGUGAUCCAUCCCCUGAAGGUGUCCCUCGAAGACCUCUACAAUGGCACCUCGAAGAAGCUAUCGCUCUCCCGCAAUGUCAUAUGCUCCAAAUGCAAGGGCAAGGGAUCGAAAUCCGGCGCUUCCAUGAAGUGUGCUGGUUGCCAAGGUAGCGGCGUGAAGGUCACCAUCCGUCAGGUCGGGCCAUCCAUGAUUCAGCAGGUACAGCAGCACUGCAACGAGUGCAGGGGUAGCGGCGAAAUCAUCAACGAGAAGGACCGGUGCCCACAAUGCAAGGGAGAGAAGGUGGUUCAGGACAAGAAGGUCCUUGAGGUCGUCGUCGAGAAGGGUAUGCAGAACGGGCAGAAGAUUACCUUUGCAGGAGAGGCCGACGAGGCGCCGGAUAUGGUGACUGGUGAUAUAGUGUUCGUUCUGCAAGUGAAGGAGCACCCGAGGUUCAAGAGGAAGGGAGAUGAUCUCUUUGUGGAGCACACACUUUCUCUAACCGAGGCACUGUGUGGCUUCCAGUUCGUGCUCACCCACCUUGACAAUAGGCAAUUGCUGAUCAAAUCUCAGCCAGGGGAGGUCAUCAAGCCUGAACAAUUCAAGGCGAUAGACGACGAGGGUAUGCCCAUGUACCAGAGACCUUUCAUGAAGGGGAAGCUCUACAUUCACUUCAACAUCGACUUCCCUGAUUCCCUCACGCCGGAGCAGUGCAAGACCAUUGAAUCCGUCCUGCCGCCGCGGCCGUCGGUUGGUUUGACGGACAUGGAGCUCGACGAGUGCGAGGAGACGACACUGCACGACGUGAACAUGGAGGAGGAGAUGAGGAGGAAGCAAAGCCAGGCGCAGGAGGCAUACGAGGAGGACGAAGAGCACAUGGGUGGUCCCCAGAGGGUUCAGUGCGCGCAGCAGUAAAAGGAACAAAGAUGGUAGAGGAGGGGAAAGGGGGUUGCAGGAGAAAAGCAAUUCGAUAUGGCGAGACUGGAUGGAAGAAGGGGUCGAUAAGGGGAGGGUGGUGUCGUUUGUGUAUACAUGUGAGUUCUGCAAAUUCACUGCCCGUUGAACAUUGGCUAUGGUGGUCUGUCUGCCUUCUGUGUUGGUUAAUCGCCGAAUCGUCUCUGUGUUUUAAAAGCAAAACGGGAAAUGUUAAACAACUUUUAUACAA